AUGAUUGAUUAGCUUGGAAUUAGAAAGGAAAAGGAGCUAAUUGCUCUAUAUGAUGAAAAAAUAAAUAGACAGACAUAGAUUGUAUAAUUGAAGGAAUUAAAUAUAUAAUUAAGAGGUAUAGAAUGUUUUAAAACUUAGAUUAGGGUUUAAAAACCCAUAUAUUGAAAGAGGUUAAGUAUUUGUAUAAAGGAUAAUGUGA